AAUAUGAUUUCGCCCGCGAGUACCAUAGCGACGACAGCAGCAAUUUUAGCUGUGAUCUCCCAAGGUUCAUGCCAAACGAGCCGUACAAUUAAUUUGUCACCCACUGCUCCGUCUGAUGUAUCGCAAAACGUCGACCCUUCGUUUCCUGGCUUCGCUUUCGAACAAGCAUCGUUCUAUGCCUAUUCUUUCAAUGCGCAAGGAAAUCCCAACAUCUUCUCCCGGAAUCUAGUCGACUCAGUAUUAAACCGUACGGGUGGAAUACCUAUAAUUCGAGUUGGUGGUACAUCGGGAGACCAUGGCACUUACAAUGCAUCCCAAAAAGAACCUACCAACUUUCCGGCUACCAAGUUUGGACCUCAAAUGCGUGGAGGGGUUACAAUAGGACCGUCAUUUUUCGAUGCUUUCAAAAACUGGCCGGGAGCAAAGUUCGAGUUCAUGGUUCCCUUCCGUAACGCUAGUUACAGUCACAGCAUAGAAUGGGCGAAAGCCGGUAUGAGCAAAAUCGGCAUCGAUAACCUUUUUACCCUAGAAAUCGGAAAUGAACCAAACUUCUACGGAUGGUUUCAGGAUCCAAAUGGUCGCGUUCCCGGAUAUGUGAAAAGAUAUACCAACCUUCAUGACAAAUUACAAGACGCCCUUCCGGCCUUGAACGGGAAGAAGAUUUUCCAAACUCUUGAUACCGCCGCAAACCACCCGACUGUAUUGACGGCUAAAGAGGCAUUUGAGAAGGGUCUAAAUGACAUCGCACCAAGCAUCAAGCAAGUAGCCUUCCAUUAUUACCAAGGUCACGGUCCGAAGACGUUUCACGAACUCCAAGAUUGGGUACGACACAGUGGCACGGUGAAAAAUAUGAGCGCUUUCAUUCCGAACAUCAAAUAUCUCCAAGCCAAUCACCCAAAAAUCGACUUCGCAUUCACCGAGACGGGAUACAAUGUCGGCGGCGGCGGGGGCUCGAUUGAUAGUAAUCUGGCAACUGCGCUGUGGGCUGUCGACUUCCAAUUAUACUGCAUGACCGUCAACGUGCGACGCGUUAACUGGCAGCAGAUCCUGAUGGCGAGUCUCAGUAUGUGGCGCGCAGUUGAGAGCAAGCGUGGCGAUCCCAUCGUAAGUGCCAAUUACUACUCGCAGCCCUUUAUCGCCGACUUCAUCGGUAAAGGUGGCAAGACGCAAGUAUCUCAACUCAACCUCGGGGACGACCGAGAUGGCACAUUAGUUGCGUACGGGGCGUACGAGUCUGGCAAGCUGGCGCGCAUAGCGUUCCUGAACCUCGAUAUGUGGACUACGAGAAACGGGACCCGACCACAGGUAGAUUUCGUAUUGAAAGGUCUAUCUGCGACUGGUACUCAGGCCAAAAUACAUCGCUUAAGUGCCCCAGAUGGCGCGUUAGCGAAGAACAACCUCUCGUAUGCGGGUUUGGAGUGGACUUGGGAGAGCAGGGGCAUUGGGCAACAGCUUAGGGAUGAUAGUACGGUCAUGGAUAUCAACAGCACGAAUAUGACGGUCAGUGUCGAUGCUACUUCAGCCGUGAUGGUUGUGCUGUAA